UACGUGUACUCAGCGUAUAGGACAGCUGAUCCAAACGUGUUGAAUGAGUUCGUCGUGCAAAUUUUUAGACGCCUACAUUUUGUCGAAAUGAUCAAAAACAAGAAACCGGAAGAAAAAGGCAAGGGAUGCGAAAAGACUGUGUUGGAAAAGAGUCAAAAUUUAAAAAACAAUACCAAAAGGAGGUUUGAGGCUAAAAGAAGAUUGAAGCAGGUCAAAAAUUCUGAUAUGGCAAUGAAAGAAACUGGCACUUUAAAUGGGUGUACCAAAACGGGAGAUAAAAAGGAUGAGCGAACAAAAGGCGAUGCAAAACAGGUAAUUCUUAUUAGUGGGGACAAACUACUUGCAAAAAUUGAGAAGGAAAAAGAUAACGAUGCACAAGGCGAAGCAACAGAGGAAAUUCCUACUAGAGGUGACAAACUACUUGCAAAAAUUGAUAAGAAAAAUGCUAAAAAGUUGGCCAAAAAGCUUAAAAAACAAACAAAAAUUGAAGCGAAUAAACUUGGCCCAAGAAUGGAAGAAAAUGAAUCUGUUGGUGAACCGAUAGUAGAAUUAUCUAAACCUAAAAUUCAAAAGAAAAAAGGCGAUGGUCCGGGUAAACGAGAGCCAAGAGAUCGCGAUCCCGCUAAAGAGGCAGCUACUGUCUUCGUGGGAAACCUACCGGUCAAUACAAAGCGCGUUCAAUUGGUACGCCUUUUUAGAGAUUACGGACCAGUUAAUGGCAUUCGUUUUAGAACAGCUUCUGGUAAGGUUUUGUUUAAACAUAAGCAUCGUAAAGAGGCAGGCACUUUGAAUGCUUGGGUGGUUCUUAAAGAUGCAAAGACGGCGGCAAGUGCUUUAGAUUUAAAUGGCACGGUAUUCAAAAACAAUCAUCUUCGCAUAACUCGUGCAGAUUUGAAAAGCACUCCCAUGGACGCAAAAUGUACAAUUUUUGUCGGUAACCUUAAAUAUAAUGCUAACGAAGAGAAGCUGCGGGAAAUAUUCUCUAGCUGCGGAGAUAUUGACUAUGUACGUUGUUUACAUGAUGAUAAAGGCUGUAAGGGCGUUGCAUAUGUCUGCUUCAAAGCACCAGAAGCAGUAGGAUUGGCACUGGAGCUCAAUGAAACUAUGCUGGAUGAACGACCAAUACAUGUUGAACGUUAUUCUGUUAGGAAGUUGGGUGCAAAAACAGGUCGAGAUGCAAAAAGUGGAGACACUAAAGAGCCGUCAGGUAAAUGCAAUAAAUUAAAGGACAAAGAAAAAAGCUUGCAUACAAAAGACAGCGAUUUCAAAAAGAAAAAAUUUCGCGGUGUGAAAGUAGAUGCUAUGAAAAAGAAACAAAAGAAGAAACCGACAAGUCAAAUGCAAAAUUUAGCGAAGAAAAUAGCUCCAAAAAAACAGUCUUGAAAUCGAACUUCUCUUAAUAUAGUAUUUCAGUGACCAACCUGAUUGGUAUCUUAAUGUAAAUUGUUGAAAUUUUAAGGCGAAAUAACAAGAAAAUAUAUUAGUAAAAGUAUU